UAUCACGUCUACAAAUGCAGAUAACUUCACACUAGUGGUUUACAGCUGGCUGACUUGACAAUCCAAAUCAAAACAUAUAUACAAAGAACAAACCGAAUUUGAUAUUAAAGGAUGAAUUUAUAGGCUAAAAGUUUUUAUAGAUAUUUUAAGGAAAAAUAUGUCUAAACAACCACAUUAUGGUCUGUUAUACAGUGAAUAUGAAUAUUCAUCGUACUUACGGAUACCGUUUGAAAAAUUUAGUUUCAUUGUAGUAUCUUUCCCAUUAUUAGCACUUAUAUUUUGUAUAUUUUAUUCCGUCAUUUUUAAUUUUGAGAGUGCAACAUAUACACAUUGCGAGGUGUAUAAUCUCCUUCCUUCAAUAUCUGCAGCAAUAGGAAGUUUUUCCCCUCAACGUGAAAUAUGGCAAGGAGCAGUCACUUUGCAAGCCAUUCCUAGAUUCUUUAUUGCAUUCCAAUAUUUACAUCUUCAUUUCAGCGUGCUACAUUCACAGUAUUUUUGGAUAGCGAGAAUAGCAUUUUUUUUAAAUAUAUUUGAAAAUGUGGCUCUUGUUGUACUAUCUUUCUUUGUUUCUUCACAGAAUUAUGUCGUGCAUAAAAAUGCCUUCAUCAUGUUUAUUAUUGGUUCUGAGGUAUAUAUGGCACUAACCUGCCUUUUACAAAGUUGUUUCAAAAAACAGUAUCCGCUCAGUUUAAAAUGGAAAAAGAGGUGUUUAAUAACCAAUUCAAUAUGUCUCAUCGCAGCAGUGUAUUUUUUCAUGAGGCAUAACUCAUUUUGUGAACCUUAUGUUUACACGCUAUUUGCGUUAAGUGAAUAUGUAGUGGUACUUUCCAAUAUGGCAUUCCAUUUGACAGCAUACUAUGACUUCGGAAAUAAAGAUAUUGUUAUCUACAAACACGGCCUUGCUCUUACAGAAAGAUAAUAUUUAGUGAUUUAGCUAGUUAUUUAAUUUAUAUUAAUUUAUUAUUUCAUUGUUUUUGAUGGUUACAGUAUUAAUUUAGUAUUUAUAUAUACUCAAAAUUGCUACAGUAAAUAUAAGAUCUGUUAACAGAAUUAACAGAAAUGAAAAAUAAUUGAUAUUUUGUUUUUAAAUUUAAAUACAUUAUAUUAUUAUAAUUCCACUUCCGAAAUAAUAAAAUAUUUACAUUUAUAAUAAUUUAAAAGACAAUUCUUUAUAAAUGGAUUAGUAAUUAAGGAUUGAAACGAAGUGAAGAAAUUGUUUCAGUCCAAACGUUUCAAUAACAUUGAUAUAAUAAUAAUUUAGAUAUGUAAAGUGGUCCGUUAAUUUCUAGUGGUGAUAAUACAUAAAAAAUAAGGGGGUUGCUUUGUUUACGUUUUUUUUUUAAAACUAAAUACAGGGUGUUUCUAUAUUCGACCGACAACGCUCUACAACAAAGAUAUCUCAAUCUGAGAUAUAGGGUGUUCAAAAUUUUAAAUCAAAAUAAAAAAUUUGCCAUAAAUCAAGUACUUAUUUAAAUUUGGUUACCAAUAUGCUCUUUAAUAAAGUAAUAUUUUGACAUAAACAAACUUUGGAAAAAUUAAAAUUAUGAAUAAUUUUUAUUUGUUUUAAACUACUUAAUCAUUAUUCGAAAUUAAUUAAUUUGUAAAUUAAUUACGUGUUUGCAGACUUUUGCUUAGAGGCAAAUUUCUACAACACCGUUCAUUUUAGCUUCAUAAAAGGUUAUUAGUUUUUUAACUAAAAAUAAUUAGGCAAUUUAAGACAAAAUUAAAAAAAUAAUUUGCUCCAGUGGUGUAAAAAAUAGGGUAAAAUAGGUAAAAUGUGACAACGAACCCUGACAGCGCGCCACUGGGUAAAUUUUUCCAAAGUUUGUUCGUGUCAAAAUAUUACUUUAUUAAGGAGCAUAUUGGUCACCAAAUUUAAAAAAAAAAUUUGAAAGCGUUCUUGAUUUAUGGCAAAUUUUGAUUUAAAAUUUUGAACGCUCUAUAUCUCAGCAACUAGGCCCCGUAAGGGUUCGUAUUCCUGUAUCAAAAUGAAUUAUUUAUUGAGAUCUCUCAGUGGUAGAGCGUUGUCGGUCGAAUAUAGAAACACCCUGUAUAAAUACAACCUCUUGGAGAACCAUGUUCAAAUAUUUUAAUUGCAGAUUUAGUUAUUUAAAGUUAUUUAGAUGUGUUGUUAUCUUAUAUUUUAUUAUAAGACUAUUUCAAGAAAUUGUUUCAAAAAUAGUGUAACUAGACCUAUGCAAAAAGGUGUUUAGAUGCAAUUUCAUGUUGACGCUCGACUCUUAGAGCAUAAAACGAGAUCACGUGGUACAAUUUUGACUGAUACGUCAACUUAAAUUAAUGCAAAGUCAAAACUAAACAUCAAUUAGGUUUUUAAAUCGGGUAUUAAAGCAACAGCUUUUUGGCUUGACGUUGUUAUAUUUGACGCUGCAUUAAUUUAAGGUGGAGCUCCAGUCCAAAUUAUAACACAUGAUUUUAUUUGACACUCUAAGCCAGCUUUUAAUAAAUUGAAGGUAUACAUGUGUUUUAUUGUUAUAGUAUUUUAUUAUACCUAUUGGGGCGAGACAAAAAAAAUUUAGUUACUACGUAAAUAUCGUUCAAGAUGAUGAAAAAAAAAUCUGGUACAGUUUCAGCUCUUAGUAUCAAUAUUUAGAGGUGCCGUAUCCUAUUUUUUGAUUUCACAUUUAAAUACAAGGGAAUUAUUUUUUUUUUUCGAAUUUUAAUGUAUUUCCACGGAUUUUUGUAUAGUAAAAAGAAAUAGUAGGAAAUUAAACAGCCUAAAAAAAUAAUUUUUUCUCUCUCCAGGAUGAAAAGCUCGCAUUUCG